UGCCAUUGAUGCAACAUAAAUUGAAUGCUUCAUAAUCAUAAGAUGGUUGAUUUGAAUGAAUUGUUUUUUCUUAAUUAAAAAAUAAUUUUUGAAAAUUGUUUUAGAGUUUAAAAUUGUUUUCAACCUAUUUCUUUUUGUUCAUUGCAUUUCUUUACUCGAUAAGCCCUUCAAUGUCAAGUUCGACCAAUAUUGUCGUUGGCCUUGCCUGCAUCUUCAUUGACCUUGGGGUGUUGACCUUGACCGCCCUUGCCCUGGGGGGAGGUACCUGGAUUGAAGAAGUGCGUGAACAAGGAGACUUCUUCACGCGUGCUCAGAACUCGUACCAUGACAUGGCCAUGUUUUCCAAUAACAUGGAUUUGACUAGUAUAGGAAUGUGGAGGUACUUCACACAGCCGGGAGUGUCUUUUCCGUUGCCAUUUAGAGACCCCGAGAUCCUAGCAGGAACUUUUGCCUUCAUUGGGUCUCUAUUGUGUGGGUGUGCUGCAGUGGUCAUGUUGUCCUUCCAGAUCAUGGGAGUACACAGCAACUCAGCGGCACUAUCACUAACCAUCCUCUGGUCAUUUUUCUUCCAGAGCAGCCUUCUGCUGGUUGGUGACUCAGUAGUGCUCUACUACUUCCAAUCCACGUUCGAGUACGAAUCACUUGGCCACUCCCAUCACGAGGGAUGGGUCGCGUUCUCCCUAAGUCUCCUCAACAUCACUGCCGCCUGCUUCCGACUGUACACGGCAACACAGGCAAUUCAGAGUCCUCUCGAUACUAUGGAGGUUCGUUCAGAAUACAUGGACGCUGCACGUGCUGUCGAAUUAGCGAGAAGGAACAGUUACAACGGAGCAACUUUUAGGGUUCUCCAAUCACCCCCCACAAGUGGGACCCAUAACAGCAACUCAAGUAACAUGGGUGCGAACUACCGAUGGAGUGACAUUGAUUUGUUGCACCACAGGAUGUCUGAGAAAAGAUACUUACAGAACGCCUAAACCUGAUUUUCGCAUUUAAGCAUCAAGUUUUAUUU